AUGGCCACGCCCCCAUACUUUGGCCACACCCCUCAGUGUCCCCAAUGUCCCCAAUGUCCCCGCUGUCCCCAGAGCGAGGAGAAGGGCCGGCAGCUGCAGGAGUGGCUGGAGGACGCCAAGGCCAAGCUCCAGCUGACGCUGCAAAAGGCCGAGACGCUGCCCGAGAUCGAGGCCCAGCUGGCCCAGAGGGUGGCGGCGCUCACCAAGGCCGAGGAGCGCCACGGGAAUUUCGAGGAGCGGCUGCGGCAGCUCGAGGCCCAACUGCAGGAGAAGAACCAGGAGCUGCAGAGGGCCCGGCAGAGGGAGAAGAUGAACGAUGAGCACAACAAGCGGCUCUCGGAGACGGUGGAUCGGCUCCUGAGCGAGAGCAACGAGCGGCUGCAGCUGCACCUCAAGGAGAGGAUGGGGGCGCUGGAGGAGAAGAAUUCGCUGAGUGAGGAAAUCGCCAACAUGAAGAAAAUGCAGGACGAGCUCCUGCUCAACAAGGAGCAGCUGCUGGCGGAGAUGGAGCGGAUGCAGCAGGAGCUGGACCAGCUCCGGGGGCGCCCCGGCUCCUCCUACUCCAGGUCCCUCCCCGGCAGCGCUCUGGAGCUCCGCUGCCCCCAGAGCCCCCUCGGGACCCCCCCGGAGCCCCCCCGGAGGGGCCGGAAGGGCCGGUGGGGCCCCCCCAGGCAGGAGGAGUGGGAGCGGGGGUCGCUGCCCCCGGAGGGGUCGGACGAGGAGGAGCCGCGGGUGGGGGAGGGGCGGGAGCGGGACGCCCCCUCCCCCCCCGGCGCUGCGGACGUGCAGACCCUGGCGGUGCUGCUGCAGGAGCAGCUGGAGGCCAUCAACAAGGAGAUCAAGCUGAUCCAGGAGGAGAAGGAGAACACGGAGCUGCGGGCGGAGGAGCUCGAGAGCCGCGUGGGGGGGGGGCUGGAGGGGACCCCCCCGGGGGGGGGGUCGCGCUUUCGGGGGACCCCCCCCCCAAAUUUGGGGGGCCCCUCCCCCCCCGGCAGCGGCCGCUCCACCCCCCGCCCCGCCCCCCCCAGCCCCGCCCGAGAGGUGAGACCCCCGAAAUUGGGGGGGGGUCCCCAAAAAUGGGGAGGGGGGGAGAGAGGGGGGGAGGGGAGGGGACCCCUCCCCAAAAUAAAAAGGAGGGGAGGGAACCCCAAAAUUUUUGGGGACCCCUCCCCAAAUUUCGCUGCAGAACCACGUGACGAAGGAGGAGCCGCGGGGGGGGCGGAGGAGAAGGGGGGGGGUCCCGGAGACCCCCCCGCGACCCCCCGGACCCCCCGAGCCCCCCCGGGAGGGGCGGAGGAGGGGCGCGACCCCCGAGCGGGAGCGCCCCCCGAGACCCCCCCGGACCCUCUGCACAAGACCCCCCCCAAAAAGAAAAGCAUCAAAUCCUCCAUCGGCCGCCUCUUCGGCAAGAAGGAGAAAGGGCGGCUGGGACCCCCCCCAAGGGACCCCGCGCUGGCCGGGACCCCCUCGGACGAGCCGGGCCCCCCCGAGGCGCUCGGCCUGAGCAAACUGCCGGGGGGGGUGGAGAAGGACCGGAGGAGCCGCAAAAAGCACGAGCUGCUGGAGGAGGCGUGCCGCCAGGGACUGCCCUUCGCCGCCUGGGACGGCCCCACCGUGGUGUCCUGGCUCGAGGUGUGGGUGGGGAUGCCCGCCUGGUACGUGGCCGCCUGCCGCGCCAACGUGCGCAGCGGGGGGGUCUUGGCCAACCUGUCGGACCCCGAAAUCCAACGGGAAUUGGGGAUCUCGCACCCCCUGCACCGGCUGAAGCUGCGCCUGGCGGUGCGGGAGAUGGUGUCGCUCACCAGCCCCUCCGCGCCGCCCUCCUCGCGCACCUGCACGGGGAACGUGUGGAUGACGCACGAGGAGAUGGAGUCACUUCCGGCCACGCCCACCGCGGAGCCGCGGGAGAUCAGCUGGGAACAGAUCCUGGCGCACGGGGACAUGAACCACGAGUGGGUGGGGAACGAGUGGCUGCCCAGCCUGGGGCUGCCCCAGUACCGCAGUUACUUCAUGGAGUCGCUGGUGGACGCGCGGAUGCUCGACCACCUCAGCAAGAAGGAGCUGCGGGGGCAGCUGAAGAUGGUGGAUUCCUUCCACCGGGUGAGCCUCCACUACGGCAUCAUGUGCCUGAAGCGCCUCAACUACGACCGCAAGGAGCUGGAGCGGCGGCGGGAGGAGAGCCAGGGGGGCACCUCGGAUGUGGUGGUGUGGUCCAACGAGCGGGUCAGUGCCUGGGUGAGCAGCGUGGGGCUGCGGGAGUUCGCCCCAAAUUUGGGCGAGUCGGGCGUUCACGGGGCGCUGCUGGCGCUGGACGAGAGCUUCGACUGGGCCGACCUGGCGCUGCUGCUGCAGAUCCCCACCCAGAACUGCCAGGCGCGGCAGCUGCUGCAGAAGGAAUUCGGCGCUUUGAUCUCGGCGGGCACCGAGCGGCGCCUCGAUGAGGACGCCCCCAGACCCUUCAGCCGCUCCCCGUCCUGGCGGAAGCUGUUCCGGGAGAAGGAGCUGCGGGGGGGGGGUCCCGAUGCCACCGAGAUGUUGCCCCCCAACUUUCGGGGGGCGCCCCUGGGGACCCCCCCCCUGCCCCUGCGCAAGGUCCAGCCCGACGGGAACUCGCUGCCCCCCCCGAGGGGCGAUGGGGGGGUCUCGGUCCGGACCUACUCCUGCUAACGGGUCCCUGACCUGAUGAAACCUUCGUGGGGGGGGGCGACCCCCAAAAUCCCCCUCCCCAAAUUCCCCCCCCCAUGUCGGUGAUUGGGGGGUGCGGGUGAAUUUUGGGGACCCCCCCCCAAAAAAAAAAUCGCUGAGCCCUUUUUUGGGGAGGGGGCUCUGCCUCUGCUGCUAUAAAAUUUGGGGGGGGGGUUUGGGGGUCCCCCCUCCCCCCCCUUGACGCCCCCUCCCCAUUUUCUCCCCCCGGCGAUGGGGGAGGGGGGCGCGGGGGGGUCUGCAUGGAAAACCCAA